AGAGAGCGGCGCCUUCAUCCUCACGCGAUGGAGCGAGAGGUUCGGUCUGCUAUGGCCCUGGCUGCGGAGGAGGCCACAGGGGGGGAGGAAUGUGUUGCCCAGGGGGGUGCUAGUCGAUCGGCUAAGGACACUAGUCGCUCCAAAAAAUGUGGCUACUGUAGUGGCAAGCUACCCUCAGAUUAUUCAAAACCCUUUUGUGCCAAAUGCAUUGUUAAAUUAGCAGGGAAGGAGACCUCUGAAAUUCUUAAAGGGUUUCUAGAGGUCCAAUCUGAGAUGCUCUCUACACUCAAAGAAUUCAAGGGGUCUUUAAAGAGCAAAGAACCUGAACCCCCUAUCGCAGGGCCCUCCUCGCAAGAGAGUUCCUCUUCACAGGUUUUUAGAGUCCGUCAGGAAUCCCACGGUUCCUUAGUGUCGGACUCUGAGGACUCAGAGAUUCCUCCUCAGGAGGAUGGCUCUGUUGGCCAGGCAGAAGAAGAAGGCGAGGAUGCUAGGGCAGGCAGAUAUGUCUUUGCUGCUGACGAUAUGGAAGGCCUCCUAGAGGCAGUGUACGCCUCUGAGGAGAUUCCUCAGCCUGCGGAAAUAAUUUCUACACAGGAUAGGUUAUACCAGGGCCUGCUUAAACCUCAGGCCAAAGCAAUUCCGGUACACCAGUCCCUGAAGGAUAUCAUCCUUAGGGAAUGGGCAGAGCCAGAGAAAAGGCUUUUAAGGUACAAGACCUGGAAACGACGUUGCCCCUUUAAGGAGGAGGAGGAAUCAAGAUUUUUCAAAGUUCCUAGAUUAGACGCUCCACUCGCGCAAGUUUCCAAGCAGUCGGACCUCUCCUUCGAGGACACAGGCAAUUUGAGGGAUCCUAUGGAUCGGCGGGCAGAGACCUCCUUGCGUAGGGCCUGGGAAGCUAACGCGGCUGCCUUGAGCCCCGCCUUGGCUUCGGCCUGUGUUGCUAGGAAUGCUAAUUCCUGGAUCUCAAAAUUGCUGGAACAUGUGUCCCAGGGGUCAGAUUCUAAGGAAAUUUUAGAAUCCCUUCAGCUCAUAGGGAGCGCAGUAGCCUAUCUAGCGGACGCCUCUGUAGAAACAGUCCGUUCUACCGCAAAGACGGGAGCCCUCCUCAAUUCUGCCAGAAGGGCAGUGUGGGUCAAAAUGUGGAACGGGGACCUGGCGUCUAAAAACCGCCUUUGUGGUCUUCCCUUCGAGGGCUCCCUACUCUUCGGUUCAGGCCUGGACCAGGCCCUGACCAGAUCCUCAGAAAAAGGGGUACGCUUUCCUACCAAGCCUAGACAAAACAAGAAAAGAUUUUUUCGAGGCCCCCAGGGUGGAUUUGGAGGUAAGAACCGUCCCUCAGAAAAGAAGCCCCCUUACAACAGACGUUGGGGUGCUGGGAAGGAAAAGCAAAAAGGAGGUAUCCUCUUUUCCAAUCCCAAACCCAGCGACAAAGACGCUAAAUGACGUGAAGG